AGGAAGACCGUUAAUUGUAAGCACGGACGCUUGAAUUUUAUUGGCAUGAUUUAUUAUUAACCCAGGCAGCUAUUAAUCCAGAGCGAUGCCUCACUCUGUCCCUCUUUGUGUGUGAAAGUUCCUGUUUCUUCCUCUGUCCAUUACCUGCGCUGGCUCCUCCUUCCCUGCCCCACCAGUGAAUGGGGCCUUUGUGGGGGCUUCCCAGCAUUCCAAGGGAAUUCUUGCAGGUGAGGGUACGCAAAUAAUCGCACACUCAGAUGACUGCUGCAUUUUAUGCCAUUUCUAACUGAAAACACAAAACGCUGAGUGUCCAGUGCUGAGCUAACCUUACCUUGAAGGAUUUGCUGCAGAUACAGAGGGUGUGAUCACAACAGCAGACUGAGUGGGAGGGAAGGAUCCCAUUGUUUCUAACCAGGUCCCUGGAAAAACACUGUGCGUCUCUCAGUGGGCAUACUGACGACCGUCUCUGUAUCCACCCUGUGCCUCAGCUUCGCUCUCAUCUGUUGGAACUUGUCAAGACAACAGCGCCCACAGCAUGUUGCAGACAGUCAGUGAGUGGCUGUUUUGGGAGCAGCUGUGGCUGCCAGCAAACGUCUCCUGGUCCGAUCUGGAGGACAGUGAAGAUCGUGUUUAUGCUAAAGCCUCUCAUCUUUCCGCUGCCCUGCCCUGUGCCCUCUGCGUGCUUCUUGUCAGAUACCUGUUUGAGAGGUAUGUAGCUACACCACUGGCUGAUGUUUGCGGAAUCAAGGACAGGGGGCGUCUCACAGCAGAACCAAACCCUGUCCUAGAAAACUACUUCUGCAGCCAAGCACGAGUACCUUCACAGGCUGAUGUGAGGUCUCUGUGCAAGAAGACCAGCUGGCAAGAAAGGAGAGUUCAAGUCUGGUUCAGGCGGAGGAGGAACAUGGAGCGUCCAGGGCUUCGCAAGAGGUUCCGCGAGGCCAGUUGGAGAUGUGUGUUUUAUUCAUUUGCUUUUGUCUGUGGAGUCCUAGCUCUCUAUGAUAAACCUUGGUUUUAUAAUCUGAAGGAGGUUUGGGCAGGCUUCCCUAAACAAUCCAUGCUGCCAUCUCAGUAUUGGUAUUACAUCUUGGAAAUGGGCUUCUACCUUUCACUUGUCCUCAGGCUCACUUUUGAUGUGAAACGGAAGGACUUCAAAGAGCAGGUGAUUCAUCAUACCGCCACGCUGAUCCUUCUGAGUUUCUCCUGGAUUUCAAACUACAUCCGUAUUGGAACCAUUGUGAUGGUACUUCACGACUCGUCUGACGUCGUGCUAGAGUGUGGAAAGCUAUUUAACUACGCUAAGUGGCAGAAGACUUCUGACGGCAUGUUUGUGGUGUUUACAGCUGUCUUUAUGGUGACAAGACUUGUCAUUUUUCCGUUCUGGGUGAUCCACUGUACAUGGGUGUACCCACUGGAGGAUUUUGCUCCCUUUUUUGGCUACUACUUCUUCAAUGUGAUGUUGCUGAUUCUACAGAUGCUCCACCUCUACUGGGCUGUUCUUAUAUUACGAAUGGUUUACAAGUUUAUCUUCAGCAAGCUGGAUGGCGAUGACAGGAGCGAUGAAGAAGAGGAUGACAGUGACUCAUUGAAGGAAACAAAUCAGAAAUUGAGUCACACAAAUGGCUCUGGAGCCAGAGGCCGGGCCAGUGGCCACUGACACAUACAGACAGACGGGAACAGAGGAAAAGGAAAAUGGACAGCAGACACAUGGAGAGAUUCAGUUUGAAUUGCAGCUGUUAGAAUCUAUUUGCAUAUAGAGUAAAAAUGCAUGAGCAGCAUAUAAUUUGUAAAGGAACUGUGAAGGCUGACACAUUAACAGAGAUGAAGCCUCAUGGUCUCUGAGAAUAAUUAUGAUGAUAAUGACAAUGAUGACAUUCACACGUGUGCACAUGUGUUUGUUGGAGCACAUUUAUGUAAAACUAAAGCAUCAAAGGGAAAUUUAUGUUUGAAAGACUGUGACUUCCUGUAUGUGUGUUUAUGUUUUUGAAACUGUUCACGUGUCAGUAUUUUUCCACUAUCUCGUCCUGCUGGUGUGGGAAGCAGAAUAUGAGCAAAUAUAUCAAGAGAUUUCAUUGGCUCGUAAGCAGUGUGCAUCUGUGUCUGUGCCAGCACGCCCUCUCGCGACAAUCGGCGAGAAUUGACAAGCUGGAACGUCAGACAGCCCCUCACCAUCAAUUGCCAUAGAAACCACUACACAAGCACCACUACGCAGCGUUUAACGGCGAAAACACCUGUAGUAGCUUAACAUUUCUAUUCUUAUCGGUACACAUAGUCGUCAGUAUUAUAGCCAAAAUGACUCAUAUGAGAACUCAUCGCGCAAACGUUAGAAUCGGAAACUGGAUUGAAGACCUGCGCUUAGAAGAGGUUUGUUUCAAGUUCUCAUGGUUAAGAUAAUUUAAAGCCGUCCGUAGCCGUCAAUUAUGUUGUGAAAGUUUUCUUUUAACUUACAGUAUACACGUAGCAGUAGUGGAGACAUAUUGAAAAAUUCACAUCGAGUAUAUUUGUGUUUUUCCAGGAUGCAAUGAAAGAGUACCUGGAGAAAAAAGAGAGUGGCGAGCUUACUGCCCAAAAAGUAGACUUCCUCAAACAGAACAUUUUGAGACCGGUAAACUGAGUUAAAGCUAUUUAAGAGCACCAUUAACAGCAACAAUGAUGUCACAAUGACGAUUGGGAUGGUAAUGAUGAUGUUUCUCCAUGCGUGUAGGUGAAUCUCACGGUGUCAAACGAUGGAAAAUUGCAUUUUGGGGAUGUUGUGAUGUUAGUGAACAUGGGAGGAGAAAACAGGGAGUG